AUGGCUGCUGCUCCCCGCCGAAGGAGACUUGCAGGCCAGCGUCGCCGUGUCGAGGACGAGGGCGAGGACGAUGUCGACAUCCUAGACGACGACUCGCUGACCGAAGGGUCUCUGGCCAGCGAUGAUCACGAUGCCGCCAAUGAUAGCGAUACCAGCAAUGUCGAUGAUGCAUCGCCUACAGUGGACGGCCGCAAGACAACGACGAAUGGCAUCACAAGGGCUGGACGUGGAAAAAAUUCUGAAGAUGCCAAAAAGGCCGUCAAGCCUGUCAUGACUGACACAGAGAUCAUGCUGAAUGGGCUGUCUCUCACAGAUUCGGCUGCUCCGGUUGAGGAAAUCAACUUUGAUGACCUCCACCAGGAGUCUCCUACAAAGACCGCAGCGCCAAUUGUUGUCAGCUCUGCUUCGGCUUCGACUGUAAAAUUAACUCCUAACGCCAGCGUCGAAGCCCCCUUUGAGCGUCGCCGUCGCGAGCACGAUGAAUACAGGAAAAAGAGGGAUGAGGAUCCUGCCUUUGUGCCUAACAGGGGUGCUUUCUUCAUGCACGACCACAGAGGCGCGGGUCCGUCUGCCAAUGGAUUUCGUCCGUUCAAUCGCGGAGGUGGACGUGGUGGUCGGGGUCGAGGUGGAUUUGGCGGUCAUCUCGCCUUUGCUCCCCAUGCACACAUCAACAAUGCGGCCGACCCCACGACAAAUGCACCAUGGUCCCACGAUAUGCACGAGACGGUCGUCAAGGAGAAUUUGCCUAUGCAAAGCCCGAGGCACAUGCAGUACGUUGCGCACAAUGAGGGCCCCGCAAACGGCAAUGGCGUCAUUCCUCGUCGGCUGGCAAGUACCGAACCGAUCAACCGCACUCUCUCGACAGAGAAGCAUAUUGGAAACGCCCAGGUCCGCGUGUUCUUCCCGCCUCUGAAGCAACCUACCAUCAUCACGGGCCUCGCAGUGAAGCAGUACACAAAGCUUCCCGAUCAUCGGCCUCCUCUCCGGCGUGACAAGCCGGUUCGGAUAUCUCUUCCCCACAACCCGCCUCGAUAUGUCUAUCCCGCCUCGGACAGGUCGUUUAUCUUCAUUCCCCGGGCAAUGCGGCCUAACCAGCAGCAGCGAGUACGUGGGAAACCUCGCUCUGUUUUUGGUUCAGUAGGUGGAUUCUCUCGAAGGACAAGCAUCUACGGCGGCGGUGGCAGUUACUACGGCAGCGUAUACUCGCCUAGUGUUGCGAUGAGCAGGCGGUCGUCGAUAAACUUUGACAUGCCUCGCGACCAUGUCCUCUCUCCCACAGGCUCGACGAUGUCUAGGCCUCCUCUGCCGAUUGACACAGGCAGGCCCCCUGUUGUCCGGUUGCCUCCUGCUGCUCCUUCCUUUGAGCAACAAAACUUGCCUCAGGGCCAGGCACCUUACGCCAGCAACGUUGGUCCCACAGCACCAGCAUACAAUGGCGAGCAUCCUAUGCUGGGCGCAGAGGCAUCUAUCACUGAUCUUCCGCAGCCGCAGACACACCCCCUCCCUCAGAAACCCAACUUCCAAGAGAGCAGGCCUGCACAACUUCCGAUGCACCAGCCAAGGCCGCAGAAGACGGUUUCUGUCGAGACCAUCGAGUCGCCUACCUUGUCCGGGAACACGCCGCAAUCGUUCCAGCAGGCAUUCCACCAGCAAGUUCCUGUGCAGGUCUCGAAUGUGCCCCAGGAUACACACCAUCGUCGCCCCUCUCAUCCUCCGCACGCCAGCACCGGCACGCCACUUUCCCAGAUACCAGAGCGGGCGAUCCAUGCCGCUCCAUUCCAGCCGAAUGCUUAUCCCCAGCAAAACUACUACGGAGCUCCUCAGCCUUACAAUAUGAUGCCACCGCAGCAGGGCUACUACUAUCCUCCCCCACAGCAGUACGCAGGUGGCAUGCCACCAUCCGCAACCGCGCCUGCGUUUGUACCAGGUGUUCAACAGCAGCAGCCAAUGGGUAUGCCAAACAUGGCCCAUGGUGCGCCUCAAGGCGAAGUUGCUCAGCCCAACGGACAGCCAGGUUCAAAUCCCAACCUUAUCACACAAGAAGUGAACGGCACAUUUUACUUCUACGACGCUUCGCAACUUCCUGCAGUUAACAACUAUCCUCCCUACGGUGGUCAGCCAUACGUUCCGGUCGGCAUGCCAGGAAUGAUGGCGCCGAGCCCCGAUGGAUUCUACUACCCUCAAACAGCACCUGGAAUGAUGUACUACUCUCAAUGA